AUGCACCAUUUGACGAAGGACGUGAUGCAAACGCGUGAGGAUCUGGCGAGGCUUACGUCGGGCUUUGAUAUCAUGAUCGAGGAUACGACGUUUCAGAUGUACUCACCCCACCGUCCGAAGCAAAUCGAAUUCGCCAAGCAGAAGCUGAAAGAUGGUGUGAUAUUCCUCUUCGUUUCGAAAUACAAAUGCCAGAAUUUUGAAGAGUACAGACGGCACGAGGUGCAAAAGGAUGUCAAUUCCAAGCCGUUGUAUUUCAGUCAGAGUGAGAUCAAGUCCAAGUGUAAGGAGGUUCUCAACUUGAUGAACAAAAAUGAGGUUUUGAUUGAGAACAUGACGGCUACUAUCAGGUUGCAUUUCAGCAAUUGCUACAUUAUUUGGAAUAGUGGUAAAUUUUACACUCUGGCUGCUAGCAACAACGCGGAUGACCUUGAGCAUUUUAUGGCUGGGUUGGUUGAGCCGGCUGUGCCAAAGGAGUUUAUGUAUAAAAAAUUGCCUCGACGGCUCGUUUGA